GAGCCCUAGCUGCUGUGACAACCGGUGGGCUCAGGGACAGCCGGAGCUAGUGGGCUGUGUCCCUGCUGUCCCAAGCAGGACUUUCCUCCUGCCCUGGACGGAUCCUGAGGACUCAGGGCCUAGCCGACUGGCCACAGAGAGACCCAGAACAUCCCCAGCACCGCCAGCUGUCCCUGUCCACUGGAGCAGGGCUAAGCCUGGGAGCACAGGGAUGGAGUUCCCACCGACCCCCUAGACUGGGCAUCUCUGAGGCAAUGAGGCCUAGGAGUGUCUCGUUGCUUUUUAGAGAGAGAGGAAGGGAGAAAGAGAAACAUCGAUGUGAGAGACAGUUGAUUGGUUGCCUCACGUAUGAGCCCAGACCUGGGAUUGUAUGCAGCCCGGCCGAGAAUCACACCUGACUGGACCAGGGAUCAUUCGCACCCGGACUGGGGACUGAACCGGCAACCUGGACCCCUGGAGGAGGGGUGGCCAACCCCCAACCCUUGAGUUCCUAAGGCCCUGCUGGAGGAGCUUUGGUAGGAGGACCUUGGGCCAGACACCCUGCCCACUGCAGGUUACAAAUGAGGACACAACGGCACAGAGAGCUCAGGCGGCCUGCCCAGUGUCACACAACCACUCCUGGCAACAAUCCUGGACUCCAUGAGGAAGCAGGAGGUGCAGAUGGGUGGGGAAGCUGGCCAGGGCCUCGGUGCUGGCUCCCCGGCUGAGCAGGUGAAAGCCCUUGUCGACCUGCUGGCCGGGAAGGGCUCUCAGGGCUCCCAGGCCCCACAGACCCCUGAGAGGACACCCGACCACACACAGGGGCCUCAAUGCAAUGACUCAAGGAUACGGAGACACCGAGAAGCCCUUCUGAGCAGGGCAGGAGGCAGCCUGGAGCUGGGUGGCCACUCACCCAGGCUGACCGACCUCCUGUUGGUGGAGGGCCUGAUGGACUUGCAGCUGAGGGAACAUGACUUCACCCAGGUGGAGGCCACACGUGGGAGCUGGCGCUCUGCCAGGACCAUCGCCCUGAACAGGCUCUUCCUGCCUCUGUCUCGGGUGUCCAUCCGACCCCGCAUCUCCAUCACCAUUGGGGUGGCUGGUGUGGGCAAGACCACCCUGGUGAGGGACUUUGUCUGCCUCUGGGCCCAGGGACAGGUUGGCAAGGACUUCUCGUUAGUGCUGCCUUUGACAUUCCGGGAUCUCAACACCCACGAAAAGCUAUCUGCAGACAGACUCAUCCGCUCCUUCUUUCCACAUGUCGGGGAUUCUGGCCUGGAAGGGGCAGCUCUGGCCAAAGUCCUCCUUAUCCUGGAUGGCCUGGAUGAGUGUAAGACUCCUCUCGACUUCUCCAACACCUUGGCCUGCACUGACCCCAAGAAGGACAUACCAGUGGACCACCUGAUCACCAACAUCAUCCGAGGAAACCUCUUCCCAGAAGUUUCUGUCUGGGUCACCUCCCGUCCCAGCACUGCUGGCCAGAUCCCAGGGGGCCUGGUGGACCGGAUGACUGAGAUCCGGGGCUUUAACAAAGAGGAGAUCAAAGUGUGUUUGGAGCAGAUGUUCCCUGAGGACCAGGUACUCUUGGACUGGGUCCUGAGCCAGGUGUGGGCCAACAGGGCCCUGUACCUGAUGUGCACCAUCCCAGCCUUCUGCCGACUUGCAGGGUUAACACUGGGCCACUUAUGCCGCCAUAGGUGGGGACCCCAGGACACAGAGCUGUGGCCUCCAAGGACGCUGUGUGAACUCUACUCUUGGUACUUCAGGAUGGCCCUCAAUGGGGAGGGGCAGGAGAAGGGCAAGAUGAGCCCUCGCAUUGAGCAGCUGGCCCACAGUGGCCGUAAGAUGGUGGGGACACUGGGCCGGAUGGCCUUCCAUGGGCUUGUGAAGAAGAAGUACGUGUUCUACGAGCCAGACCUGAAGGCAUUUGGAGUGGACCUUGCUCUGCUGCAGAGCACUCUGUGCAGCUACUUUCUGCAGCGGGAGGAGACCCUGGCCUCCUCAGCAGCCUACUGCUUCACCCACUUGUCCCUGCAGGAGUUUGUGGGGGCAGCGUAUUACUACAGCGCAUCCAAGAGGGCCAUCUUCGACCUCUUCACUGAGGGUGGAGUGUCCUGGCCUCGGCUGGGGUUCCUCACACAUUUCAGGAGCGCGGCCCAGCGGGCAAUGCAGGCUGAGGAUGGACGACUGGAUGUGUUCCUUCGCUUCCUCUCCGGCCUCUUGUCUCCAAGGGUCAAUGCCCUGUUGGCAGGCUCCCUGCUGGCCCCGGGCGAGCACCAGGGCUCCCGGAUGCAGGUGGCCCAGAUCCUUCAGGACUGCCUACACCCCAACAGGGUAGUCUGUGCCCGGGCAGUCAAUGUCCUGCACUGCCUGCAUGAGCUGCAGCACACAGAGCUGGCCCGCAGUGUGGAGGAGGCCAUGGAGAGCGGGGGCCUGGCCAGGCUGACCGGCCCCCAACACCGAGCUGCCCUGGCCUACCUUCUGCAGGUGACAGAUGCCUGCACUCAGGAGGCCAACCUGCCCCUGUGCCUCAGCCAGGGUGUCCUCCAGAGCCUGUUGCCCCAGCUGCUCUACUGCCAGAGCCUGAGGCUGGACACCAACCAGUUCCAGGACCCUGUGAUGGAGCUGCUGGGCAGUGUGUUGAGUGGAAAUGACUGUCGUAUUCAGAAGAUCAGCUUGGCUGAGAACCAGAUCAGUAACAAAGGGGCCAAAGCUCUGGCCAGAUCCCUUCUUGUUAACAGAAGUCUGACUACUUUAGACCUCCGUAGUAACACCAUCGGACCUCAAGGGGCCAAGGCACUGGCCGAUGCUCUGAAGAUUAACCGCACUCUGGUCUUUCUAAGCCUUCAGAGCAACAUGAUCAAGGAUGAUGGUGCCAGGUCCAUGGCUGAGGCCCUGGCAGCCAACCGGACCCUUUCUGUGAUACACCUACAGAAGAACACCAUUGGGCCUAUGGGAGCCCAGAAGAUGGCAGAUGCCCUGAAACAGAACAGGAGUCUGAAGAAGCUCAUGUUCUCCAGUAACAGCAUUGGUAAUAAAGGUGCCAAGGCCCUGGCUGAAGCUCUGAAGGUGAACCAGGGCCUGGAGAGCCUGGACCUGCAGAGUAAUUCCAUCAGUGACACAGGAGUGGCAGCGCUGAUGGGGGCCCUCUGCGCCAACCAAACCCUCCUCAGCCUCACCCUGCGAGAAAACUCCAUCAGCUCAAAGGGAGCCCAGGAUCUGGCUCGAGCACUCUGCACCAACAGCACCCUGAAGAACCUGGACCUGACAGCCAACCUCCUUCACGACGAGGGUGCCCAGGCCAUCGCGGUGGCAGUGAGAGAAAACCACACCCUCACGUCCCUUCACCUGCAGUGGAACUUCAUCCAGGCCAGCGCCGCCAAGGCCCUGGGACAAGCACUACAGUUCAACAGGAGCCUGAUCAGCCUUGAUUUACAGGAAAACGCCAUUGGGGAUGAAGGCGCCUGUGCAAUGGCCGAUGCACUGAAGGCAAACACAGCCCUCACUGCUCUCUAUCUCCAAGUAGCCUCCAUUGGUGAGCUGGGGGCCCAGGCACUGGGGGAGGCCCUAGCCGUGAACAGAACCUUGGAGAUUCUUGACUUGAGAGGAAAUGCCAUUGGGGUAGCUGGAGCCAAAGCCCUGGCAAAUGCUCUGAAGGUCAACUCAAGCCUCCAAAUACUCAAUCUUCAAGAGAAUUCCUUGGGGAUGGAUGGGGUGAUAUGCAUUGCCACGGCACUGUCGGGAAACCACGGGAUCCAGCAUAUCAAUCUCCAGGGCAAUCACAUUGGGGAAUCUGGUGCCAGGAUGAUCUCAGAGACCAUCAAGACAAAUGCUCCUCUGUGCACUGUUGAAAUGUGAGCAAAGCGAGCUCCUGGUGGACCGGGCAGGAGGAUGGGCAGAGACGCAGCUGGAAGCCUUCAGACAAAAUGACCAUUUUCCAGGGUGAUUUCCUGUGAUCUGGGAAUGACACUGACCCACACACAAGCUGGUAUCCUACAAAGAGGCAGGAAAGAGGCUGCCAAAGGAGGUCAUAGGCACCUACCUCUCCUGGUCCAGGGUCAGUCUAGGCAGGAGUGCGAUGGACACUCUGGCACAGCACACGGAGGGAAGGUUCUUCCACGAGGGACCCAGGACUUACACCUUAAAGCUCAGCAGGUAAGAAGCUGGUCUGAGCUUAUUCAUACCUUGAGGUCUUCGUGUGCCCCCAACUCUUUAGUUAUUACUGCCUUUUCCCAAUCACCUGGUUAAAAUCAUCCCCCUCCCUCUGAAAUGAGUUGCCAUAUUCCUGCCCAUUGGCACUGGUAACAGAAAGGACCUCUCUUUUCUUAAGAAGAAAAUUUUAGGAGUAUGAUCCUUAAAGAUAUAUGGAGAAAUAUGGGAAUAUUUUGAAGAGAAAUAAAAGCUUUAAUCAUAGAAUUCUGGAGACAGAGACACAAAAUAAACUUUCCCAAGGGUUUUGCCGUUUUUUAUACAUUACGAAAUCUCUCACAGGCAUGGAGUCUGGCACACUGGUUAUCAACAGCAUGCUAAAUGUUGAUGCCUUAAUAAUGUUACUCUACAUUGGGCUCCAGACCACUGCUCUGCUCCAGCUUCACUCUGAAGGCGAGCUGGGCUUCCCUGCGGCGUAAAUUCUCUCGGAUGUCUGUGCUGGAAAGAGGAUGACUCCAGUGGAAACUACAGUUCUCAUCAACUUGAAAAAAUGCUUAUAAAGUAAUUAUCACUUUAAAACUUGAAAAGGAAGCACUGUUGUCCUACAUGUUUCUUCAAAAUUGAAUAUUCAAGGCAAGAACCAACAAUGGAUACUAAAAUCAUGGUUGAAAGCCAAUUGAGGAGGAAGAUAUCUGCAUAGUCUCAAAACGUCACUCCACAGUGGUAUUUCAAAGGCACCUUACAGACAUUUUACAAAUGGAGCUUUAACAAAGUAAUUAAACUUAAUGCCUCCAGAAUUGGGAUAAAUGGACAUCAGGGGCCCUGAUGUGAUGCACUUAGAAGAACAUAUUGCUGAUGUAGUGUUCUUGCCAAAAAGGUUUUACUGGAAUCUAACCAUGAAAAAAUUUUGUCUCUGACAAAAUCAGAAUUGAGCGCCAUUCUGAAAAAAUAAGACAAACAAACAAAAAAUCUAGCCUGACCUUUGAAAAUGUCAAUGUCAUCCAAAAUAAAAAGGCUGGGGAUUGUUUUAAAUUGAAAGAGAUUAAAAGGACAUAAGAACAUAAUGCAAGGUCUUUGAUUGUAUUCUAGACUGGAAGAAAAAAAUCAACCAUAAAGAACAUUUCUUUGGACGUUGGGGACAUUUGAACAUUAGGAAUGUGUAGUAUUUAUUGUAUUAUCAUUUUAAAAGGUAUUUUUGCUGGGUAAUGACCGUUUCUUCUUUCAGUGCUUUCAAAAUAUUGCUAUAUACUGUCUUCUAGUUUGCACUGUUUGUGGCUGAACUGAGGACUCAAUGAAACAAGAGGUGCAGUAGCUAAAUGUUGAAGAAAGCUGUGCCGUGUAGGGACCUAGCACAGGAGAAACUUCAGGGGCCAAAGGAGUGGAGAAAAAUUGUGCUCUUUGGGGACUUUGAGAGCAAGGCGCACUAGAAUUGGAAGGAAGGCUCUUACUCUCUCCAAGGUCUCUUGAGCACCCUCUGCUGACAAAGCUUAAUUAACAUCUCACUAGAUGACAAAGGAGAGAUGUUACAAAAUAACACCUUUAAAACAGAACAGGCUGAAAGGUGAAUUUGGAGCUGAGGCAAUAAACUGAUAUACCAGCACA